AUGCGUCGUACGUCCGUUGUGUCCGCAAUGGUGCGUUCGUCUGGAGCGAUUAUACUGCUCACUGCGGUGCUCGUUGUAGUGCUUCCGAUUGAAAGAACCUCGGCAUAUACUGUGGAACGGGCGGCAACUGUAGAGCUGCUACCGAACGAUCUGAUCAGUGAGGACCGGGAGCGAGAUGAAGCGAACAAGGUUAUCGCCACACCGAAGCAGGUGAUCGAGAAUCAAGUGUCGAAAACGUGGAAAACGAUCGUGAGGCAGAUGCUUGACGAUACAACUACCGGGCUGAAGCAGAAGCGAACGGUGUCCCAGCUCGGCAGUGCGCUGGUCGUAGUGGAGUUGCUGUUAUUGUGCAGGAAGAUGGCUCUUGCAGGUUUAAUACCACCUCAUCCUUUGUUUAACUUUGGACGACAAGGACCGCUAAACGCAGUGUAUGCCGCAGCACCGGAACCAGUUUCGGAUAUCGUAAGUUACCCAGCGGGUGGUGUGGUUCCCGAUUUGAGUGCCACAAACAAUGUUGUCCCGGGAGCUCCCGAUGUCCAAGGAAUGAUACCGACUGGUGGUGGAGGAAUAUUACCAGGAAGAGGAUCUCCAAUACCAGGAGGACUUGCUGGUGAAUAUCUGAACCCUGUGAGUCCUACAGAGAACGUCCUACCAGUAGCUGGCGCUGUUCCGUAUAUUCCGGAUGCUUCGGCUGCCCAUGGAAUGAUACCAUCUGCUGGAGGCUUACCUGUUGGAGGUUCCUCACUAACUGGAGCUGUUGCCGGCACAGGGACACUUGGCGCUGUUCCGUAUAUUCCGGAUGCUUCGGCUGCCCAUGGAAUGAUACCAUCUGCUGGUGGCUUACCUGUUGGAGGCUCCUCACUAACUGGCGGUGUUGCCGGCACAGGGACACUUGGUAGCGCAGUUCCGUCUACAGGGGCGAUUAGUGGCGGAGUAGCUCCUUUACCAAUUCCCGCUGCUAACCCUGCAGGGAGUUAUGGGUUAUUGUGA